AGGGGAGGGGCCGAGGAGCGCGGAGCGCAUCGAUCGCUCCCAUCCAUCGGACGGCCCGCUCGGCGCUCGGCUCCCUCGGCAGCUCCAGCCCCAGCCCUCCCCGUCCCCCGCCAUUUCAGACCGGGACGGAAAGGGACGCGGAGCGGGUGCCGCGCGCGGCGGGCAGGGAGACGCCGGCGUGCUCCCGCGGCCCGCGCAGCGCCGGGCAGGUCUGCUAAAAAAUGACAGAGUAUAAGCUUGUUGUCGUUGGAGCUGGUGGUGUGGGCAAGAGCGCCUUGACAAUACAGCUCAUUCAGAACCACUUUGUGGAUGAGUAUGACCCUACCAUAGAGGAUUCCUAUAGGAAGCAAGUAGUAAUUGAUGGGGAAACCUGUCUCUUGGAUAUUCUUGAUACAGCAGGUCAAGAAGAAUAUAGUGCAAUGAGGGACCAGUAUAUGAGAACAGGAGAAGGCUUUCUGUGUGUAUUUGCUAUAAACAAUACAAAAUCUUUUGAAGAUAUUCACCAUUAUAGGGAACAAAUAAAAAGAGUUAAAGACUCAGAAGAUGUCCCAAUGGUGCUAGUAGGAAACAAAUGUGAUUUGCCUUCCAGAACAGUAGAUACAAAACAAGCUCAGGAUCUAGCAAGAAGUUAUGGAAUUCCUUUUAUUGAAACAUCAGCAAAGACAAGACAGAGAGUGGAGGAUGCUUUUUAUACAUUGGUGCGAGAGAUUCGACAGUACAGAGUGAAAAAAAUCAGCAAAGAAGAAAAGACUCCAGGGUGCAUGAAAAUUAAAAAAUGCCUUGUAAUGUAACAGGGGUGUUGACGAUGCCUUCUAUACAUUAGUUCGAGAAAUCAGAAAACACAAAGAGAAGAUGAGCAAAGAUGGUAAAAAGAAGAAAAAGAAGACAAAGACAAAGUGUAUAAUUAUGUAAAUACAAUUUAUCCUUAUUCUUAAGACGUACUGAAGUAAUUUUUGUACAUUACACUAAAUUAUUAGCAUUUGUUUUUAGCAUUACUUUACUUUCUGCUUCAUGAUCCUGUUAGCUUUACCUGAAUGCUUGUUUUAAAUGACAGUGGAAACUUCAUUCCUCUUAAAGUGCCAGUAUUCUUUGAGUGUUGGUUCUUGAACUAGCAAUGCCUGUGAAGAAAAAUAAAAACAAAGAAAAAAAAACACACAAAAACCUGAGAACUGUCUUAGGACUCUGGUGCAUGCACAGUUGCUAACUUCCUAUUUUUCUUACUGAUUGUGAACUUCUGUUCUGUGUGUAAACAAAACAAUGAAACGAUGCUCUACACAUUCUAACACCCCCCCCUUAAUUUUUACUAUUUUUUAUGUUUUAUUUUUUAAAUCUGGUUGGGAAAAAACAGACUAGCUAGCAAAAAAAUACUUUAUUUUCAGAUUUCCUUUUACUUUUAGACUGACUGCAAUAUAGAGAGACCAGAAGCCUUUAUAGUCUUCCUGUAGAUUUUGCUUCUAGGCAUCUAGUCUUGUAGCAUUUCAGAUCAACUUUAUUGAAUGUAAAGAGAAAACUUUCACAAAAAAAUUUUUCACAGCAAUUUGUCUCAGUCACUCCUUAAAUACUAUAUUUUUUCUAUUAAAAAAAAAAGAAAAAUUAAAAAAAAGACACUAAUGCACAUCUGGCAAUGGAAAAAGUAAAUUUCCAACUAGAUUGAUUUCCUGUUGUUAAUGCGUUUCUUUAAAACUUUCACUUUUUCUUCUGAAGACACCAAGGUGAAAUCUUAGCUCUCCUGAGCCCCAGUGGUAGAUCUCUAGGUAGCUUUUUUCAGUAGGACAGGGUUUCAGCCUUAGUGUCUCUAGGAAGUACUAGAAAGCCUUAAUAGAUAAGUUGAUUCAAAUUCUUAGGUUACUUCAUACAUGGAUCCAGGAUUUAUCAUAAGAAUUAAAUCAGAAUGAAUCCUAAAUUAUAUAGCAAAUUGAAACCAUUUCUUUUUUUUCCCCACGGGUGGCAUGAAAUGUUUCCACAUGCCCAUUUUAUGUAAAAAUAGGAGCAGAAUUUUAAAUUCUAGUAACCUCAAAUCAGUGAAUGAAUGAGCUUGAACUUAGCUGCUUCAUGCAAAUAAUUUGGAAAUCCACUAUGCCAUAAAAAUGGUGUGGAAUUUGCACUAAUCUUCAGCAUAGAACAUGGUUUCCAGAUUCAGUGUUGUUUGUGUGAUGUCUGUGAAGUACUAGUUUUGUUGCACAGAUUAAGUGGUUGGUGAGUGGCAUUCCAGUGUCUAGACUGUCAUGAAACUAGACCAAGAUUUUAACGUUGUCUUUCUCCGUGAUUAAGUCUCUUGUGAUUCUUUUUUUUUUUUUUUUUUUUUUUCCUUCUGAUCAGAAUGAAUGCAGAAUUUUUUAGAAGCUUUCAUUUUUGGUACUGAAAUAGCCUAGCUAUUCUGCACCAAAGCAAGAGCCAGUGUUUCCAGUGCUGCCAGUUCCUGUCGUCUUCCUGUAAAGGUUGCAAUGUUAGAUUCUAUUAGUUGCCUCAGUUCUGUAAGGCACACCGGUACCCAGCCAGUGCAGAACAGAAUUUGAGAGUGUGAUUCCGUGUACCUUAAGAAGUAAAACAGAAGUCGUCGAAGGAGGAUAGCACAGGACGGGACUGGCAAAUUCUGGAAGUCUGGAACAGGGAUUAGCAGCAUUGCCCUAACUUAAGCUAUAACUAAACCGUUACGUGGAAAUUUUACGCAGUAUAAUUUGAAUAUACCAGCGUAACUUAGACCACUGAUAUGAUGCCAAAGGUGCAACUGCAUAAACACAUCAUUUUGCUUCCUACAGAAAAAAUCAGCAGCGACUCUGUUAGGAGGAGAGCUGCAGAGCUGGCAGGGGAAGCUCUGUCUGGAUUGCUGCGUGUUCUUUAUUGGGUCUGAGAAUUAAUAGAUGAGCGCCUUUCCCUGCCUGCGCCACCUGCUCUCCCAGCCCCCCUCUUCUCAGCAUCAACGUGAAAUAUGUUUUAGAUUAUGGAAAAAAAAAAAAGAAAAAUUGUAAUAGCAGAACAUGACUUCAUAUAUUCUAUGGGCCAAUAAGGACUACUGAUAAAUGUUUAACAUCGCAAAACAUUUUACAGCUUCCAAGGUGAAACACAUUUUGGAGGCGGUUAUUUGCGCGGUGUAGAUGCUCUUGAUUUUAUAUGAAGAACAUAGCAAAGCUGGAUAGUGUACCCCAAGCAAACGAGAGCAAUCUUAAGAUGACUUUAAAGAUUUUUGGUAACUGAGUCACACUGCAUGAAAAUUAGGGAUGGUCUAAAAUUCUCACGUUAAUUUAACUGAAAACUGUUAGGGGAAACAAAUUUAUCAGAAAUGUCUUAAUAAUCAAGUGUGGAUUGAUACAGCUCUAAUAUCAAGGUGCUCAUAAGAUAAUUUUUUUCAGUAAGUGUGACCUGUGGCUACCAAUCUAAUGAAAUUAUUACAGAAUUGCCCUGUAACAGCCCUUAUUGACUUUAAGGAAAAAAAAAAAAGAAAAAUACUCAUCCUUGCCACUGUUGUGCAGUUUUGUCUUACUAUUUGUAGAGAUUUGGUGAAGCAUGUUGGAUUGCAGCUUGCACAAGUUGAUCUCAAUUAUUCUGUCUUUCCCUGUUUGAAAUGCUUUCAAAGGACAUACCCGGAUGCCGUCUUUCCUGGCAGUAACUGCUAAAUGAACACGUGAAUCACUCACUGCGUUAAUACAUUACAUUGCCACAUGUCAGGGAGUAACGCCUUCUUACAGUAGCUUUAUGUAACUCUGGUAAACAACGUUAUCACUGGUUUUCUCAGAACUGAAGGUGAUUUUAACCAGUCUCGUUGCCCUAACUUAGGAAGAAAAAAGCUACGCUGCAUAGGAUCUCUGUAAUAGGUAAAUGCAGACACACAAUCUUCUACACUUCAUUCUAUGAAGCAAUACAACUAUUACCUUCAAAGACCAUCAAACUGUAUACCAAUCAUUUUGUCUGAAGUUUACAUAAAGCUACAUAGAUGGUAAACCUUUCCUAACAUUUCUUUAUUCCACUGUCUUGUGUUUUCAUGUUGAAAAUACUUCUGCUUUUUCCUCUUGAGUGCCAACUUCUUACUAGAAUGACUUCUUAAUGUAAUAUGUUUACCUGGAAUGUAUUUUAACUAUUUUUGUAUAGUGUAAACUGAAACAUGCACAUUUUGUACAUCGUGCUUUAUUUGAUGUGGAACAUAUGCAUUGUGAUCCAGUUUUUUCCAUCAUUGGUUGCGUGACGUAGGAAUGUUGGUAAUACCAGAUACUACAUUUAAAAAAAGAAAAGAAAAAAAAAAAAAACCUCUGUUUGUUUUAAAAUUUUUAAUGUUUUUA